GUCCCUCCCCGCGUUUCCCGGGCUCGGGCAGGUCACGUGGGCUGUUUUUCGCGGGAAAACUGCUAGUUGCGGGAGCUGGAAGGAGUGCAGCGCGGCGCUCUGAUGGCGGAAUCUUCUGAGUCCAGUCCUGCCCCGCGGCAGCGAGGCAAUGAUCCCCUUACGUCCAGCCCUGGGCGAAGCUCAAGGCGCACGGAUGCCCUGACCUCUAGCCCUGGUCGGGACCUUCCUCCUUUUGAGGAUGAGUCUGAGGGCCUGCUAGGCACCGAGGGCCCCAUGGAAGAAGAGGAGGAUGGAGAAGAGCUGAUUGGAGAUGGCAUGGAGAGGGAUUACCGUGCCAUCCCUGAGCUGGACACCUAUGAGGCUGAAGGGCUGGCCCUAGAUGAUGAGGACGUAGAGGAGCUCACAGCCAGUCAGAGGGAAGCAGCUGAGAGAGUCAUGCGACAGCGUGACCGAGAGGCUGGCCGGGGCCUGGGACGUAUGCGCCGAGGACUCCUGUAUGACAGUGAUGAGGAGGAUGAGGAACGCCCCAGUCGCAAGCGCCGCCAGGUAGAGCGGGCCACGGAGGUGGGUGAGGAGGAUGAGGAGAUGAUUGAGAGCAUUGAGAACCUGGAGGACCUCAAGGGCCACUCCGUGCGCGAGUGGGUGAGCAUGGCAGGGCCCCGGCUGGAGAUCCACCAUCGCUUCAAGAACUUCCUGCGCACCCACGUGGACAGCCAUGGCCACAAUGUCUUCAAGGAGCGUAUCAGUGACAUGUGCAAAGAGAACCGUGAGAGCCUGGUGGUGAACUAUGAGGACCUGGCAGCCCGCGAGCAUGUCUUGGCUUACUUCCUCCCUGAGGCACCGGCUGAACUGCUGCAGAUCUUUGAUGAGGCUGCCCUGGAAGUAGUGCUGGCCAUGUACCCCAAGUAUGACCGCAUUGCGAGCCACAUCCACGUCCGCAUCUCCCACCUGCCCCUAGUGGAGGAACUGCGCUCGCUGAGGCAGCUGCACCUGAACCAGCUGAUCCGCACGAGUGGCGUGGUAACUAGCUGCACAGGCGUGCUGCCACAGCUCAGCAUGGUCAAGUACAACUGCAACAAGUGCAACUUCGUGCUCGGGCCUUUCUGCCAGUCCCAGAACCAGGAAGUGAAGCCAGGCUCCUGUCCCGAGUGCCAGUCCCUGGGACCUUUCGAAGUCAACAUGGAGGAGACCGUCUAUCAGAACUACCAACGCAUCCGGAUCCAGGAGAGCCCAGGCAAAGUGGCGGCCGGCCGGCUGCCUCGCUCCAAGGAUGCCAUCCUCCUCGCUGACCUGGUGGACAGCUGUAAACCUGGGGAUGAGAUCGAACUCACCGGCAUCUACCACAACAACUAUGACGGCUCCCUCAACACUACCAAUGGCUUUCCAGUGUUUGCCACAGUCAUCCUGGCCAACCACGUGGCCAAGAAGGACAACAAGGUGGCCGUUGGAGAGCUGACUGAUGAGGAUGUGAAAAUGAUUACCAGCCUCUCCAAGGACCAGCAGAUUGGGGAGAAGAUCUUUGCUAGCAUCGCACCUUCCAUCUAUGGCCAUGAGGACAUCAAGAGAGGCCUGGCCCUGGCUCUAUUUGGAGGAGAACCCAAGAACCCAGGUGGGAAGCACAAAGUGCGAGGUGACAUCAAUGUGCUGCUGUGUGGAGACCCAGGAACGGCAAAGUCUCAGUUCCUCAAGUACGUCGAGAAGGUGUCCAGCCGGGCAAUUUUUACCACAGGCCAGGGCGCCUCGGCAGUGGGGCUGACGGCCUAUGUGCAGCGGCAUCCAGUCAGCAGGGAGUGGACCUUGGAGGCUGGAGCACUGGUUCUAGCUGACCGGGGCGUGUGUCUCAUUGAUGAGUUUGACAAGAUGAACGACCAGGACAGGACCAGCAUCCAUGAAGCCAUGGAGCAGCAGAGCAUAUCCAUCUCCAAGGCCGGCAUCGUCACCUCCCUACAGGCCCGCUGCACUGUCAUUGCAGCUGCCAACCCCAUAGGGGGACGCUAUGACCCCUCACUGACCUUCUCAGAGAACGUGGACCUCACAGAGCCCAUCAUUUCCCGUUUUGACAUCCUGUGUGUUGUGAGGGACACUGUGGACCCUGUGCAGGAUGAGAUGCUGGCCCGCUUUGUGGUCGGCAGCCACGUCCGCCACCACCCCAGCAACAAAGAGGAUGAGGGGCUGGCCAAUGGUGCCCAGGAGCCCCCCAUGCCCAAUACAUAUGGUGUGGAGCCACUGCCGCAGGAGGUACUAAAAAAGUACAUCAUCUAUGCCAAGGAGAGGGUCCACCCAAAACUGAACCAGAUGGACCAGGACAAGGUGGCCAAGAUGUACAGUGACCUGCGGAAGGAGUCCAUGGUGAGAGCCGGGGCAACGGGGGGUGGGGGCGGAGGUACUCCUUCUGCCGUCUGCCACUGA